UUUCCUUGACUUCAACUUCAAACCUCUCUCAAAGUUCACAAUCUCUUUGUUCGAUUCCAAGAUCCAACUACUAUGCAGUGGGGUUAAAUUUCAGAAGGGUUCAUACUGGAAGAAGAGAACAAAACCCUAAUUCAGGUUAGUCUUCUCUAUGUAAAUUGUACAAAUUUACACUGUACACACUAAUCUAUAAGUUGAAGUUUUGAACUUGGAGCAUUGUUUCUGUUUUCUGUAAUUUUUUUCAUGGUCUAUGUGAUUGAACUCUGCUAUUGAAACUUCAUGUAUUGUGGGUUAGUACCUGCAUAUUCAAAUACCCAUUUGUGUUAAGAACAAUUGGGUGUUCAACUUUUCUGAUAUAUGUUAGUGCCUGGUGGGUAGCUAAGAAGUCUUGAAGAAAGUGGUUAGGGUUUAGGUUCUGCAAUCAUGAAGAUUGUGUCUCUGGUUAAUCAUGGUUGGACUAUGGUAAUUGGGUUGUUGUUGUUGUUGUUGUUCUGCAUUGGCUUCACAAAUUCAGAGUAUAUAGAUGGAGAGUUUGAGUCUAGAAAUGGACAUUCUGUUACCUACAAAUAUGAUCGAAUCGAUGAGGUGAAGAAAGAAUGUGCCUCGAUUUUACGUUCUGCUUCUGAAUUGAAACCCGAUGAUAAUAGAGUGUAUAGUAUUAAGGAAGAGCUGACUUUUACGAAUGGAGAUUGGUGGCAGGAGCUAAAUGGGGCACCUUUAAUGCCAUUUGAUGAUAGAAAUAUUUCGAAUGGUUCAAUGGAUCUCCGAUCUCCAUUAAAAUUGGUUUCCUUCUGGGUUACUGACGUGGAUCGUGCUCAUAGAUCUAAGAAGUCAGUCAGUGUCAGUGGUGCUAUGCAAAUUGGCAUGACACUAGAUGGCAUAUAUAUGGAAAAACCGUAUGAGGGAAGUCCUCAGUUUACUAUAUGGCCCCGUCACUCUCAACUCUCUGUCUUUUUCCAGGGGAUUUCCAUGGAAUUGGAAGAAAACGGUGGGGAAAGAGUGAUGUGUUUGUUGGGAACCACAAUGUUGCCUUCUCGUCAGCCUGAUUCUAGUGAUCCAUGGGAGUGGGUAAAGAUAUCUGGUUAUGAGAAUCAGCCGCCUCUUUUGCAGGAUGAUGAAAUCUUGCUUGUUCUCCAUUACCCAAAGAAAUUCAACUUGACAAAAAGAGCCAUUCGAGGAAGCAUGAAAAGUUUAAACCCGAAAUCCAACCUUAAGUACUUUGAUGAAGUCCACAUUUCUUCCUGGAUGGUUUCUUCUGCAAAGUAUGAGUUUGGCUCCGAUCAGAUUGUGGGAAAAGCAUGUCAUCCAUACCCAUAUGAGGACCGAUUGAUGAGUGGCAACAUUGAUGUGUAUAAAGGUCCUCAAUUUUGUUCAAUUCUUGAGCGAGUUAAUAGUAAUGGGAAUGGUAUGACUAUUAUGCCAAACUGGAGAUGCAAUAGCACUGAUGAUUUUUGCAGCAAGUUGGGUCCAUUUAUGUCAGAUAAGGAGAUUAAUGCCACAGAUGGGGGCUUUAAAGAUGUUAAACUUGUCUUGCAGGAUGCUCGAUGUGAGGAAGAAACUUUAAAGAAUGAUGGUCUUGUAAGGGUUUCUGCAGUGUUUAGAGUAGUUCCUCCGAAUCAAUUCAAUGCAGCGGUGAGGACUGGGCUCAAUAACAUGACUCUUUCUGCUGAAGGAAUCUGGAAAUCUUCCAGUGGGCAGCUUUGCAUGGUUGGUUGCCCUGGACUUGUUGAUGCAAAAGGAAAUGGUUGUGAUUCUCGGAUCUGUUUGUAUAUUCCUCUUUCAUUUUCCAUUAAGCAACGCAGCAUAAUUAUGGGGACUUUUUCGAGCAUUAAUGGAAGUACCAGAUCAUACUUCCCUUUAUCAUUUGAAAAACUGGUAGAACUUUCAGAGCUGUGGGAUCCGGACAUUGCUUUCCAUGCACAUUACAAAUACUCGAAACUUGAUUCAGCUGCUGCAGUCCUUGAGAAAAAUGAGCCCUUUAACUUUGGAACUAUCAUUAAGAGAUCAUUGCUGAAAUUCCCCAAACUAGAAGACACAGAGGCGUUUCUAAGCAGUCUCUCUCUUCUUUCAGAAGAUUUAACACUUCAUGUUUCUGCAUUUCCUGAUCCAAUUCCUACUUACGUUUCCCAAAGAGUUGAUCUACAGGUGGAGAUUGUUUCAGUUGGUCCCUUGUUUGGUCACCGCUGGUCUUCACAAAAUGGUUCCACUACAGAAGAGGAGACUCCUUACCAUUCCAAGGCUGAGUACACAGAAAAACAGCUUCUUCUGAAUGUAUCAGCUCAACUCAGGCUUACUGGAAAACCCUACAACAAUGUCUCUAUGCUUUUUGUAGAGGGUCUUUAUGAUCAACGGGUUGGGAAGAUGUAUCUAAUUGGUUGCAGGGAUGUUCGCGCCUCAUGGAAGGUUCUGUUUGAAAGCAUGGACCUUGAGGCUGGGCUAGAUUGCUUAAUCGAAGUGGUCGUAUCAUAUCCGCCUACUACAACUCGGUGGUUGAUCAAUCCAAGAGCUAGGAUUUCCAUAUCUAGCCAACGAAAUGAAGAUGACCCCCUCUAUUUUAGUCCAAUCAAGCUCCAGACUCUUCCAAUUAUGUACAGGAGGCAACGCGAAGAAAUUCUUUCUCGCAGAGGUGUUGAAGGGAUCCUCCGCAUCAUUACACUUUCCGUGGCAAUUGCUUUCAUUUGGAGCCAACUCAUUUACAUCAAGGAAACUUUGGAUUCUGUUCCUUAUAUUUCUCUUGUCAUGCUAGGCGUCCAAGCUCUUGGGUAUAGCCUUCCGCUGAUCACAGGUGCAGAAGCUCUCUUCAAGAGGAUGUCUUCCGAAACUUAUGAAAGCUCAUCUUAUGAUCUUGACAAUAGUCAGUGGAUCCAUGUAAUUGAUUACACAGUGAAGCUUCUUGUACUGGUUGCAUUUUCACUAACUCUAAGGCUAUGCCAGAAGGUGUGGAGAUCCCGAAUUAGAUUACUCACACGCAGCCCUCUUGAACCACAUCGUGUCCCGAAUGACAAGUGGGUACUUAUUACUGCCUUGAUCAUACAUGUGAUUGGGUAUGUGAUUGUUCUCAUUUAUCAUUCUGUGAAGACCACCCAGAGUCCACUACAGUCAGAAAAAGUUAUAGAUUCAUCAGGAAUUCCCAGUACACUGCGGGAAUGGGAAACUGAACUAGAGGAGUAUGUUGGUCUUGUUCAAGAUUUUUUCUUGCUUCCUCAGAUUAUUGGGAACUUAAUGUGGCAGAUCCACUGUCAGCCACUCAGAAAACUAUAUUUUGUUGGGAUAACAGUGGUUAGACUUCUCCCUCAUAUUUAUGAUUGCAUAAGAUCUCCGAUUCCUAAUCCCUACUUCUCCCAAGAAUACGAGUUUGUGAACCCACGUUUGGAUUUUUACUCCAAGUUUGGGGACAUUGCCAUACCUGUAACAGCAGUUUUACUAGCAGUUGUAGUCUAUAUUCAGCAAAAGUGGAACUACGAGAAGCUCAGUCAAACCCUUAUUUUGGGCCGGUGUAGGCUUCUCCCGCUAGGGUCCAGAAUGUAUGAGAGGCUGCCUUCCAGGUCAUUUGAAGCUGAACUCGCUUCUGGUGUCAACAAAAAUGACACAGAUGAGAAAGAGCAUGAUGAUGAAGAAUGAUUCAGGUUCCUUCCAUAAACUACUGACAGAGUGAGUUGUCAUGUAUUUUGCAAUUAUUGUGUUGUGAUGGUUUAUUGUUAAACUUGAGGUAACUUUUUGAUGAAUAAAUUAUGAAAACUUUGUUUUACCUUCA